AUGGCAUUAGAACGAGAAAAUAAUUUAUGGAAAAAAUCAGAAGAUGACAUACUAAAAAUGGGAGUUAUGAAAUAUGGUAUCAACAAGUGGAAUAAAGUAGCUUCCUUGUUAAAACGAACUGCUUUGGAAUGCAAAGAAAGAUAUGAGAACUAUAUACUGAGUGAUGAUAACUGGACAGAAGAAGAUAUAAAAAAAUUAUUAGAAAUAUCUAAGCAUCUAAAACCACAGUGGGGAUUGAUUGGUAAAAUUAUGAAUAAAAAUGAUCAAAUAUGUUAUGAAAGAUAUAUUGGUGCUGUCUAUAAACCUUUAGAUGUGACUAAGCAUAAUGAACUAAAUGCACCCACUGAUGAAUAUAUUACUGAAGAAGUAAAGUGUGCGUACAAUAGAAUUAAAAAAAGAAUAAAUAGAAAACAUAGGAAAAAUAAAUUGCAAAAUGUUAAAAAGAAUUAUAAAUAG